CAGAGGCAAAGCGGGCGGUAAAUACGAAAGAAGGAUAGCUCAUCUGCUAACCGGGGAAAAGUCAAAACAUAAACGUAGUGAUGUUACAGUGUCCGGCUUCGUUGUGCAGCUCAUCAGUAGGCAAAGGAGACAGCCUACAUCAGCAAGUUUUAUCUGCAUUUCCACUCUGUCAGCUGACUGAAGACGACCUGGUCCAGAAUCCUCUGUUUUGCAAACUUCUGGCCACUCUGUCCCAACAUGUGGAUCGCACCGGACUUACUUUACCCUUGAGAAAAGAGCUGGAGAAGGCAGAGAAGGAGCUCCGGUCACAGAAGCUGGGAUGGCUACGUUUGGAAAGCCUGUACAGGCUCCUACAGGAAAUGCUGCAAGAACAUCACUUCACUCAGCACCACUCCACCGCUGCUCCUACAGAGGAUAAGUUUUUCAGUACUCUGGAGAGGUGUUUGCUUGUGGCUCGGUGUGUCAGGCAUUUGGAUCCAAGCAGCACUGUCGGUCAGGACCAGCCUCUUAUCCUGGGACUCUCUGCUGAGAACGUGUUGAGUCAGCUGUCCCCCAAACAGGAUGUUUUGCAGAUGAAACAGAGGUUACCGACAGAACUGCAAAAGCACCUGAAGAAGAAGCUCUUCAACCUUCUCGCCUACUACCAGCCUGAGUGGGAGAACGAAAGCGAGGGACUGAAAUGUGUGAAGCUUUCUAAGCUGCCUGGACUGCUGGAAAGCGAGCGUAGCAGAGCGGAGAGUCUCGCUGAGAAAAACAGAGAAAAUGCCACUUUACUCCAGCGUCAAACUCACUCCUACCUCUCAGAACUACUUGAAUGCAUGCAGCUGCUACAGACACUGGUCCUGGAUCUCCGACUAAAAGUGCAGAAAGACCUUGACCGGAAGAAGAUUGAGUACUUUGAGGCCAAAUGUGAGAUUGGCAUUCAAAAAAUUAGAGCAGAGAUGUUGGAGGUGCAGCUUUACACCUACACAAGAGACAAGAUAGCAGCACAUCAGAAAAUUAUGGAGAAGCUCAGUGCUGAACUGAAGGCAGCACAGGUGGAGAAACAGUCGCUGGAAUCGAGACUGGCGUCCUUCGAGAUCUAUGGCAGGGAGUUUGAGGUCCUGGCUGAGGAGUACGCCAGACUGAAGCAGGAGGUUGCCACAAAAUCCUGGGCACUAAAAGAAUUUGCACCAUAGAUCACUGCAGACUGUUGAAUUUACCCCUUUACCAUAGAUCAGUAAAAAGAGUAGUGGUCGUUUACAUGAUUAAUAAAUAUGUGCAUUUUACUUGA